AUGCCCUGGACGCCGCUCCCACGGAUUGCAUUCGCUGUCGCAACCUACCCUUUCAGCGCCGAGGCGCCGGCAGACCUGCCCCUCGAACUUGGCGAUGAGCUCUACAUAAUCGAACAGGGCGGUCGCAAUGGCGAAUGGUUCCGCGGAUACUUGAUUGCACCUCCAAGUCUACUGGCCGGCUUGACCAGUGUGAAAGGACAGACCCUCGAGGCGCGUGUUUUUUCCGGCAUAUUUCCCAGGAGCUGCGUCGAAGUACGAGAGGUCUUGGGCGAGAAUGAAGAAGAGGCAGAGAACGAGGGAAUGCAGAACGGAGAUACAAAACUCACGCUCACUAAUGGAAAUUGGUUGAAUGGCCAUGAUAGUCUAUUCGGAAGCGUGAAAUCCAGCCCACCUACGAGCCCGCCAUCGGUACACAAACUCAGGAGUAAGACUGGCAGCGCCAAUAAGGGACCUCUGAGGUUGAGUUUGACGGGAAAGACCAUUAUAAAAUCACCUGCGAAUGGCAUUUUAUCCGACACUUCCAUGCUCCAAAAACGAAAUCCCAAUGAGCCGAAACCCUCUGCGCCGGUACCGAUGUUGAAGAUUGGGGACGAGACACCCACCUCCUAUUCCGAACCUCUGGUGGACGAGAUUGCUUCUUGUUUGCGAGAAUGGCACUCAACCAAUUUGCAUGAGCUGCUUCUCUCAAGGCAAUAUCCUCUGCUGGAAAAAACGUCGAAUGUGGUGCAGUCCUUGGAUUUGGCCCGGCGACAAUUCCUACACAAUGUCCUAACCGCACACGAACUCAAACUGCUACGAGAAAAGACCGUUUGGGACCUGGUGAAGGGAAAUAAACUGUUUAAUGGAGAAGUGGUUGUACGAGAUCCUGCCGAGCGAGGAAGAGUGUUGACUGGAGACGACUCUGCGGUUGAAAUCACAACAUUGCAAUCCAUGAUGAGCUGCCUUGACGAACGACCCGCGCCGCAUGCCAAUGAGAGACUCACCCUGCACCAUCUUCUGAUCGAUGUGAAAGCUUUUGUUGGCGCAUCCAAAGAAUCCACAACACUUGUCUUUUUUCUGGCCUCAAAGUCACCUGGACAACCAGUAGUCGUCCUCUCGGAAAGUUAUAUCGUAGACGUCCCCCCGAGUGGCGCAUUGACAAGUUUAGCGAAGACGGGAGAAAUGCGAACAUUAUUUGCGGACCUGGCGUCAGCGGAUAUCGGAGAUCUUCAGUCAACAGAAGCUGAGUUGUUCUUGGUGGUCAAGGUACGAGCAGGAGAGCAAGUCGUACUGCCAGGAAAACCUACUUCUCGUGGUGGGUCAAUCUCACGCCAAGGAACAGCCACAAGCAGGAAUGAAGACAGAAGCAAGCCACCUUUGUCAGGGACUGGGAAGUCAGGGAGAAGAAGUCUUAUGUGGGGCCAAAGAGCAAAGUCUGGAUCGCGAAGUUCACCUAUACCACCAAAACUUGAUUCGCUUGUUGAAGGAAGAGAUCCAAGUCGAGAACAGACUAGGAAUGGCCCACCCAGUACUGCCGGCUCCCAAGGGACUAUAACAAUGGAUCAACGGACAGGUUCAAUCUUACAGACUAUUGGGAGAACCGUCGGAAUAGGAGCCUUGAGAAUCAACGCCAUUAUGAAGCAAGAAGAAGAGAUUGAGCAAGUAAUAACGGCGUGGGCUCCCUCAAUUGGAAGCAAGGACGACAAACCAGAACUCGGAGAAGGGUGGGAAGAGGUAAUUCGAGAACUGAUGGAAAGCCAGUCAGGCCAUUAUGAGAAGUCACGGAGAGCAGAGCGACUGCAAAUCCAUCUAAGAGCAUUUGAAAAUCCGGAUGCUGAUGCAUUAAUCAAGGCAACUCCAACUCUUCUCUCAGGGGUAUCCAAAACGAAUAAAAUGGGGUUCUCUGGUGCUCCAACGAAGCCUCGUUCUGACAUUUACAUCACCCUCAAUGAAGCCUUUUUGCCCCGGCAUGCCUUGUUGUCACGCUCGGUUGGCAGUGCGACGGCACUGACAUCUAAUCUCAAUGGCAACAAUCUUCAAAUCAGACUGGAGGUACAUAGAAGUACUGGCGGACUGAUUGAGAAUUGCAUAUAUCAGUCGUCGAACGCAAAAGGAGUGAGUUCAUGGGAAUCCACGGCCACAGAACGCGGGAAUGCCUGGAACCAAACGAUUCGUCUUGCGGUACCCGGAAAUGAUGUUCACCUUUGCCACAUAGUAAUGCAUCUCGCCGAUGCGCCAAAUGAGCCCUUUGCAAUUUGUUAUAUGCCUUUGUGGGACCAGCAAGCAUUUAUGCGGGAUGGGCAUCACUCGUUGUUGCUUUACAAAUUUGAUGACACCACCGCCACGCCGCAAGCCAACUCAAUGGGCAAAGGCGGAUAUCUCACGUUGCCUUGGAAUGCGCGGGGCAAAGAUGAUGUUAGCAAAGAUGAAGCUGUCACUGGACCUAUUGCUACACUUCGCCUGCAAACUUAUCUCUGUAGUACAAGAUUUUCUCAAGAUAAGGUACUAUUGGGCCUGUUGAGGUGGAAGGACCAGGCAUCAGGAGAUCUCCAGGACUUACUAAAGCGUGUGGUCUUUGUACCGGAGAUUGAGAUUGUCAAAUUACUAAACGACGUUUUCGACGCCAUAUUUAGUAUCUUGGUUGAACACAGUGGUAACGAUGAUUGGGAAGACUUGGUAUUUAGCGCUCUUGUGACAGUCCUCGGAAUUGUUCAUGACAGGAGGUUCAAUCUUGGUCCACUGGUCGACCAUUAUGCAGAAACCAAAUUCAACUACCCUUUCGCAACGCCUUGCUUGGUAAGGUCAUUUACUCGACUUCUCGCCAAGCCUUCCGACCCCGAAACUUCGCGUAAGUUGCGAGCUACAUUCAAAGUGGUGCGACAUAUUCUCAAAUUCAUCACUCACGCCAGAGGGCAGCAGAAGGUCAAGGAAGCUGGGAUUGGCAUUACGAGCACAUCUCCGGGCUUUACCCGACAUCUUCGGUCUAUAUUCAAAGCUUUGGAUGGUCUCAUGCGAAACACGGCGCCUAUUCUCGUGGGAAGUCAGACCUUGGCUGUCCAACAUUUCCAUACUUGGUUGCCUGAGCUCACCGGGUUAUUGGAAACCGAAGAGAUUCUUCAUAUUGCAAUCGAUUUCAUGGAUUCUUGUGCAUUAGUAAAGGGAAAACUCGUCUUGUACAAGCUAGUGCUAAUUAUCAACUACUCGAAGCUGGAUCUCUUCUCGCAGCCAGAGCAGAGAGCGGCACUUGGCACAAACACAGCGCGAUGGUUAGCACCGCAUUGGGGUAAGACGGCGGAGGUGACGGACCAAUGGAGAGAUCAAGUGCGACUUUGCUGUUCGAUUCUUUCGACUCAGGUUGAUGCUCUUGGUGCCGAAAUUCCCGACUAUAUCCCAAAAAUUCUCGACUCCUAUCUUGCGAUACAAGCAACACCAAAGCAGGAAAGAACUCGCCUCUCUUUCCUCUUUCCGACAACAUAUCCCUUUCCCGGCAAGCCUCUGGCGAGCCCGGCUGUAUUUGACGAGGCUCUCAUCGAAUUGGCUGCUAUGUUGUCAUCGCUUUCCUCUUCAUCUGCCGGUAUGCAGCUCGAACUCGCUGAAGAGGAAAUGGCCAACCUUCUUGAAGACACAUUAAAUGUACAUCUCAGCAUCCUACAUUGCGAAGCUUUCCCUGCUGAGUGGCUGAGCGUUCGCAUAUUCCAUCACAAAUCGUCAAUGACAACUCUGGAGUAUCUGUCUGGUAUUCUACUAGAUUCUUUCCUUCCGGAGCCCGAUGAUGCCGAGAGUUAUAACACGGAACUAUGGAGGGUGUUCUUCACGACUCUACUCAAACUCGUGGGCAGUGAUGUGCUUGCGCUCGAGACCUUCCCGGAGCAGAAACGAAGGGCAGUGUGGAACAUUGCCGGCGACGUUCGAGAACAAGGCGCUGCACUUUUAAGGCAGACCUGGGAGGCUAUUGGUUGGGACACGAACGUAGUUGAGCGAGAGAAGUUCAACUUGACCAAGAUGGGAGGCUACCAAGUUCAGUAUGUGCCUGGUUUAGUUGCACCUAUUGUUGAACUUUGUCUCAGCGUACACGAAGGCUUAAGACGAGUUGCUGUAGAGGUUUUGCAAACCAUGAUCGUCAGCGAGUGGGCACUCAGUGAGGACCUGACUGUGAUUCAGACAGAGAUGAUUGACUGCCUUGAUCAACUAUUCAAGUCGAAACCUUUAACUGAAAGCAUCUUGCAAAAACUGUGUAUCAACGAGCUGAUGUCUCUAUUUGCCCCACUGGAAAACUGUGGCGAGGAUGAGCUAUACAAUGCUGUCAAGGAGCUUGUCUCGACCGUCGAUGAAUUCCUAGAUCUUUUAGUGGCCGUUCAUAGCGCCGAUGUUACAGGCGAGGCUUCGCAUAUGAUCCACAGAUUACGCCUGAUGGAGUUCCUGCGAGAUAUGCAAAAAGAAGAAAUCUUCAUACGAUAUGUUCACCAGCUUGCAAAGCUUCAAUCAGAUUCCAAGAAUUCGACCGAGGCUGGACUUGCAUUGCGCCUUCACGCCGACCUUUAUGAAUGGGACCCAGCAAAAGUGGUUCCAGCGUUGACCGACCCCGAACUUCCCGCUCAAUCUCAGUUCGAGCGCAAGGAACGGAUUUACUUUGAAAUCAUCAAACAUUUUGAAGACGGCGAAGCUUGGAGCUGUGCACUCGACACAUAUCAAGAACUUCAAACGCAGUAUCAGGAGAAUGUAUAUGACUUCCCCAAGUUAGCGCGAACACAAAGAGCCAUUGCUGCCAUUUACGAAACCGUCUCAAAAGCCGACAAACUCGUACCAAAGUACUUCCGAGUCACCUACAAGGGCAUGGGCUUCCCUCCGAGCUUGCGAGAUAAGGAGUUUGUUUUUGAGGGAUCACCGAUGGAACGUACCUCUGCUUUUACCGAUCGUAUGCAAGAGCAACAUCCAACUGCUCAGAUUAUUACUAGUGGUGACGCGGACGAUGUUGAGGGACAAUUUUUACAUAUAUCUGCACUCACCCCACAUCGUGAUUUAGAUCAUCAUGUCUUCCAGCGCGCCCGAGUACCUCAGAUCAUUCGAGAUUAUCUAGUCUCAUCACAUCCCCAAAUCUUCUCUGUAACCUCCAAGCGAACCACGUCAGGCCCUGUUCAUGAGCACUCCGCUGAGAAGAUUCUCUACACUACUGCUGAACCAUUUCCCACAAUUCUGCGUCGAAGCGAAAUUGUCGCUGUGGAUCGAAUUGCACUAGACGCAUUGCAGACAGCUCUUGAGCGUGUGCUCCGGAAGACCCAGGAAAUGACAGUUGUUGAGAAGCGAUUCGCGGAUGGUGAGGAAGAUAUGGCCCCACUUCUUGUGGAUGCAUUGAACAUCUCGGUCAAUCCCAGCUCGGACACAAGUGUCGUACAGUACCGUGAGCUUCUCCCUACCAUCGACGGCGAAGAUGGCGAAGAAAUUGAGCUUCAACCUCUUGAGAACGCACUUAAGAUGGCUCUCAUCGAUCACGCGGUUAUGAUCAAGCGUUGCUUGGGCAUGUUCGCUCAACCUCCCCCCAAGCCUCAAAUCCCACGCCAAAGUAAAGAGGAACUAGCUCAAAGUACAUAUCUCCAUUCCUCUCCCUCAAAUAAACUCCACUACAGUCUUGUUGCCAGUGUUCUAAAGUCGUAUACAGAUUUCGAGAUUACUUUCGCCCCAGAACUAGCUUCAUUCACGUUUCCCCAGGUCGCACAGACGCCUUCGCCAACCUGGGCAGUCUCUAGCCCCCCUGCCAGCGAAAAAAGAGUGAGUGCACGACUAUUUCCGCAGAGUGUGACGAACGGUACCAUUGCGACCCAGGACACAAGCAUUCUUGAUUCUCCACAACCAAGCCGAAAUCGUCUUAGUUUCUUGCGGAAGGGACCCAGCCCGAAAAGUGACCUGCCAAAUCCCCUUAGGUCUCAACCUCCAGGAAACCCUCCAGGAACACCAUUACCAAAUGGAGUCGGGAUCUCCACCAACAUAUUCGCUGGAACUGCUACCUCGUUGGAUGAGACGACCAGCAAUCAUUCACGUUCCAAGGAAAAUCGAAAGUCCUUCUUUGGCGGAUCAAAGAAUGUUAAUGGCUCUGGGCGCGGUCGAGAGAAAUAUUCGAAUGGGCACGCGCCGCUGGAUGAGGAGAAUGAAUGGGUUACUUCUAGUGAUGUCUCGCAAGUUCCAACUGAGGCUGCCAAGUCGAGAAGUAAUGGCGGUAGUGGCUGGGACGGGGAAGAUGGUCCUCGUCGAAGCUCUAGCUCGCAAAGACCGCAAGAUACUACAAGCAGCACACCCAGCAAAGUUGGAAGUGUGCGAAAGAGAUUCAGCAUGCUUAAAUUGGGAAAGAAGAGCAGCAAAUCGAGUGGGUUAGUUAGCAGUGUUGCUGAGGAGUGA